AUGGAAACAGAGAAAAAUCUAACAACUGUCUCGGAAUUUAUCAUUUUGGGUUUCCCAAGCCUUCAGAAACUUUACCCUGUUCUGUUCCUGGUUUUCCUCAUUAUCUACCUGUUUACUGUCACAGGCAAUAUUUUAAUUUUUGUGACUGUUGGACUGAACUACAACUUGCACAUUCCUAUGUUUUAUUUACUAAACCACCUUUCGGCUAUGGAAGUCUGUUACACCUCAAUCAUAGUACCCAAAAUGCUGUCUAACUUUGUGUCACAAAACAGAAGAAUCUCAUUUAAUGGCUGCAUGAUCCAGCUCUACCUCUUCAGUUCAUUAUCAGCCUCUGAGUGUUAUCUCCUCACAGUCAUGGCUUAUGAUCGUUUCUUAGCUAUUUGCAAACCUCUGCAUUAUUCAUCAAAGAUGACCAACACCACUUCAAUGCAGCUUGCCUGUAGCUCAUGGUUAGGUGGUUUCAUUUGCCCAAUUCUUCCUGUAGCUCUGAUAUCACAGCUAGAGUUUUGUGGUCCUAACCAAAUAAACUACUUCUACUGUGAUGCUCAACCUCUCCUCCGACUCGCCUGUAGUAAUACGCAUGUUACAGAGACAGCCAUCACUAUUUUGGCUACAGGCCUCAUCUUCACCUCCUUCCUCCUCACCGUCAUCUCAUAUAUUUUCAUCAUAUCAACUAUUUUAAGAAUCCCCUCAGCCACUGGGAGAAAAAAAUCCUUCUCUACCUGUGGUUCACAUCUGACAGUGGUUAUUAUCUAUUAUGGCACCAUUGUCUGUAUGUACAUUCAGCCAAUGUCCAGAUUCUCACUUGACAUCAACAAAGUACUUUCUUUAUUGUACACGGUGGUGACACCUGUGUUAAAUCCAAUCAUUUACAGCUUAAGGAAUAAAGAGAUAAAAGAAUCUUUUGGAAAACUUACUAAGAGAAUAUUGAAAAUUGAGAAUAGCUUAAAUAAAGAAAAUUAA